AAAAAAGUCAUCGAGGGAACCCUAACUUCAACGGGAACUCAAAAUCAAGAUCCCCCAGAUUUGGAUUCUUUGAAAUGUAUUGUCCUCAGCAACCCUAACUUCCUCACUUGAAUUGCUCCCCUUCACAGUGAUGUCAAGCGACCAGCGAGAAGCUCAGCAGGAUACGACGGUGGACGGUGGCGGAACAACGACGAUGAGAGCUACAGCUGCUACGACGACGUUUUCUUCGCAGAGACUGAGGAUAAACCCUAACAACGAGCAUAGGCCCGAGAGCUACGAGGAUCUGAAGCUCGAUUUCCCCAGUGCGGUCUACUCUAGUCUCGAGAAGUACUUGCCGCAGCAAAUCUUGGUCUCCAGCAGGGAAGAGAAAGUCAAAUUCAUGACUGACAUUAUGCUCAGGCACCUCCCUCACGGAGAACGGUCCAGAGCUCAGAGGCACAGCGUUUAUAGGCAGAAGAUAAUAACUAAUUAUCAGCCGCUUCACAAGGAGUUGUAUACUCUAGCUCCUAUGCAUUGCUUCGUCCCCUCUUUCAUAAAGGCGAUCAAUGAAAGCUCAGAGAAAAGCUUCAGAAGCAUUAUAUCUGAACCGUCUCCUGGUGUUUUUGUCUUUGACAUGCUCCAACCUAGCUUCUGUGAGAUGAUGCUAGCCGAGGUAGAAAACUUUGAGAAGUGGGUGGGUGAGACAAAGUUCAGAAUCAUGAGACCAAACACCAUGAAUAAAUACGGUGCUGUGCUUGAUGACUUUGGCUUGGAUAGCAUGCUUGACAAACUCAUGGAGUCUUUUAUACGUCCCAUGACUAAAGUAUUCUUCAGUGAUGUAGGUGGAGCAACUCUGGACUCUCACCAUGGGUUUGUUGUUGAGUAUGGCAAAGAUAGGGAUCUUGAUUUAGGCUUUCAUGUGGACGAUUCAGAGGUAACACUGAAUGUUUGUUUGGGUAACCAGUUUGUGGGUGGGGAGUUAUUUUUCCGUGGGACUCGGUGUGAGAGACAUGUUAACACAACUACAAAGCCAGAUGAAAUAUAUGAUUAUAGUCAUGUACCGGGGCAAGCUGUACUUCACCGUGGGCGCCAUCGCCAUGGUGCCAGAGCCACAACAUCAGGACAUCGAGUCAAUAUGCUACUAUGGUGCAGAAGCUCUGUGUUUAGAGAGCUCAAAAGUCACCAGAAGGAGUUCUCCAGCUGGUGUGGAGAGUGCUUUUGUGAAAAGAAAGAGGAGAAAGGAAGGGCGCUUGAUGCUCUAAGACAGAAAUUGGUUAAGGCAGUGCGUGCACCCCAAGCUUGAAGAAACUUUGUAUUGGAUGACUAUUAAAGAAUUGCUCCUGUUUCAAGGUGACUUAAAACUGAGCUUGUGUAGAAAAUCAUUUGAGAUGAACUGUUUGCUGUUUAACUUUUUUGUAAUGUACAUGAAAUUUAGUCUCAGCUUUAUCUAUACCACAAGAGGAGUUGUAUUGUUGUUA